AUGGACUACCGUUCUAUAAGUCCCGAUGUCAAAGAAUGCGCCCUGAGGCUCUGGGAGGCUGGCUGGACUCCUAAUGAAAUUUCAGCUGUGCUCUGCGUCUCGACAGCGAGCAUCUACCGAUGGUCGGACAUCUAUGAAGAAUGUGGCAAAGUUACAUGGCCAGCAUCUGGCUUACAGGGACGACCUCGCACGAUAGGACUUGCUGCCAUGGCGGCUAUACGAGAACUCUAUUCAUCUCAUCCAGACACAUACUUAGACGAGCUUCAAUGGCACCUGGCUAUACAUUUCGACAUCGCUAUUUCCAUCUCAGCCCUUCAAAAGAAUCUCCAGCAAGUGGGCCUUACACGGAAAGUCUUGCACAAAAUUGCUGCUGAGCGCAACGGGGAGCUCAGGGCCGAGUUUCUUCAUGUCAUUCAGCACAACUUCUCAGGAACAGGCCGGGAAUUUGUUAUCGUUGACGAGUCUAGCAAAAAUGAGCAUUCGCUUAUCCGUACCCAUGGCCGUUCUCAGAUUGGGCAACCCGCUGAUAUUGUUGCACCAUUUGUCCGUGGACAACGGUAUUCUCUUGCAGCUGCUAUGACUGUCGAAGGCUAUUUGGCGGCAAAUGCCAUACCAGGCUCAUUUGACUCAUUCUCUUUUUUUGACUUCAUUGUCGAGGACGUUAUGAACCCGUACCCCGAUGAUUUUAGUGUCCUGGUCCUUGACAAUUGCCGUAUCCAUCACACGGAGAUGCUCCAGGAGGUCCUGAAUGCUGCCCACAUUAUGCUCCUCUUUCUUCCACCCUACUCGCCGGAUCUAAGCCCCAUCGAACUCUCUUUCAGCACCUGGAAAGCACACCUUCGGCGAAACGGCACUAUUCUUCACGACGACAACGAUGAUGACCCAAUACUCACUCUUCUUGAAUCAACAGGCUGUAUCACAGGAGAAAUGGCAACCAACUGGUUUCGCCAUGCAGGUUACAUUGUCAACGAAUAA